GAUUGAUCUAGUCGACCGAUCUGGACCACAUUCGACGCACCCGAGAAUAGCAGUAACCACAACCCGACCCUACUCUGAUCUAUCGACCUACACCUCUUCCAACAUGUCCACAAACGUCUUCUUCAACUCCCCCUCCGUCACUGGGAUCUUCGGUUCCCCCUAUGAUAACGGCAAUUACGAUGGCUACAAUGGCUACGAUAGCAAUAAUGGAAACGGGGGGAAUCGACCCAACUCGGGCUCCCCGGUCCUCUACAUCCUACUCCCGAUCUUGAUCGUACUGAGCACGUUGUUGUUCAUGUUGUUGGCCUUCUUGAUCGGGUUGAUCGUGCUCAGGAGAAAGAGCCGCGUCAAGUGAGUCUUCGAUGGGGUUUUGGUAGGCAUGCGGUGAUCAUGUCGCUCGAUAUGGAUCAUCUGGGUUGAAGGUACCGGUUGCUAAUAAGGUUGUCCUCGCGAUGUUAUAGGUUGGUUGACGACGGCGGUCCUCUGGACGUGAUGAGGAACGACGGAGUCAUCGGUGAAGGAGGGGUAGCAGGCGUAGAGUCGAGGUGGUUGGAAGAAGCUUCCGAGGAUGAGAGACAGGGGUAUAGGAGGGCCAAGGAAUAUCAACAACAAUACCCACCUUCGUCGAUCGCCACCGACAUUACCCUCUCACAAUUCCUCUCCAUCCAGGAAAAGGGCGUCUCUGCCUGGUGUUUCGAACCCGACUACGAAUCCAACCCGUCCCUCUACGUCGAAUCACGCACCGAGAUCACCUUUCUCUCUGACGGACCUGGCAUGGCCACCCGCGAAGGUGGUGGAAACACGGUCCUCGCCAACCUGCCCGUUCCCAAGCUCAACGAGGUAUAUUACUGGGAAGCCAAGAUGUACGAGAAACCGAGCUCGACCGAGGUGGUCGUCGGGCUGGCCACAAGACCUUUCCCGAGUUUCAGGAUGCCCGGGCAUGCCAAGGUGUCGAUGGGAUAUCAUUCUUCAGACGGCUUUAGGUGCCAUAACUACCCGUUCACAUCGACCUCGUAUGGACCCCCAUUGGCCGAGGGGGACGUGCUUGGGGUCGGGUACAGACCCAGGACGGGCACAAUGUUCUUCACGCGAAACGGGAAAAAGCUGGAAGACUGUUACACUGGACUCGCCGCUCUCAACCUCUUCCCCGCCAUCGGUGCGAACGGUCCCGCAACGGUCCACGUUAACCUCGGCCAGGCCGGGUUCGUCUUUAUCGAGGCCAACGUCAAGAAGUGGGGGUUGGCACCGAUGAUGGGCACCCUGGCGCCUCCGCCCGCUUACGGCAGCGAGAGGGGGAGUAUCCUCUUGGAUGCCGGAUACGGAACUCCGGGGGCGAGAAGCAUCACGCCAGAGGUCUUGAGCGCGGCUAGGAGGUUGAUCGAUGAGAAUCAGUCGGGGGCGGGGAACGAGCAGGCGGGGGCGGCUGCUUCGUCGUCAUCCAUGUCAAACUCGAUCGGUCGACCUAUUCCUAGUGGAGCUGCCGCGUGGCAGCAGGGACACCGGAGGGGUAUGUCUCAGCCGGUAGUCCCUUCGCCUCUGAGGGAAGGGUCCCUACCCGCCCGUAAUCACCUAGGAGGGGAAAGUGCCAGCAUCAACCCGAGGACAGGGAGACGACGGGGCAACGAGGCGGUAGCGGGCAGGUAUCACUCGCCGACGGAUCAGCCGAGAUUAAAUAGGACUUUCCCCGAUGCGAGCGUACUCGAGGAAGGUCGGGCGGACGAGGUUGAUGUCGAGGCCUCGACGUCGGUGGCAUCCGAUACCGAGGACGAGACAAGCAGUACGGCGUCCAGUUCGAGAGGACUUGUGCCCGGUGGAUUGCGUCGUCCAUCGUCACCUGGUGGUUCGCCCUUGCCGCACAACCCGCCUACACCCAAUCAUCUCGACAUUUCGCUCCACUCUUUCCACGGCCAUUCGAAUUCCAACGACUUUUUCGGCGGUCGAGCCAGCGAGGAAGCGAGUGGGGAGAGCGGGUCUAGCGAUGAGACGGCCAGACAAGAGGACGAGGUGGCGAGGAGGGAGAGGAGGAGGCAGAGACGGGAUGCCAGGCGAUCGGCGCAGUUGGCUUCUGUCGGCCAGGACGGUCUGCAAGCGAGGCUACAUGCGCUGGUCUCCGGAGCAAUGGGUCCAGGUUCGAGCGAUGUGCCUCCACCCGGAUAUGCGCCGUUGGAUCCGUACCGCUAUGCUGAUGGCGUACCUACCGACUUGCCGGCCGACAUCAUCUCUAGAGCGUUUGAAGAUAACACCCAAUCCAAUACGCUGCAAAAUGCUCAAUCAGCGCAACCAUCCUUCUGGGACCGCCUGACGGGCCGAUCUUGACCUGGUCCCUUGAAAGACAUCGAGCCCCCUCAUGUAGCCAAUUCGACAGAACCACGCCCCUUUUCAUGACCGACAUGGCGAGCGAUCGCCACAUCCUCCUCAUCUUAACUCCACCUUUGUAAAGUUCUAUCAAAGUUGUAAAUUCUCAACCCUCUUGAGCGAAUCUACAUGAAACCCGCUGCUGGGCG